CGGCCUGAAAAAGCGCCAUUCCUUUACUCGCUAUUUACUUCUCGGUACAGCAAUCAUCGGCGGAAUAAACACUUCUACAAACAACUGGUUUAAAGACUGUUAUGCGAGACAUGGAGGAAAGGACGGAGGUGCUGAGAUUACUUUUUUUUCUCGCAGUUUCUUUGCACCUGUCUUCAGCAGGCAGUCACUCUCUGCAGUACUCCUACACUGUAGUCUCCCCUGGAACAAACCUCCCAGAGUUCACUGCAGUGGGUCAGCUGGAUGGAGAGCAGAUUGUGUACUAUGACAGUAACAUCAGUGAGAUUAUUCCAAAGACAGAGUGGAUAAAGAAUGUUGAUGAUUAUGCAGAAUACUGGAACGAAGAAACUACGAGACUGCAAUGUGAUCAGCAGCGUGCCAUAGAUGAUCUGACUAGAGCAGUGCAGUUCUCUGACCACACUGAAGGUGCAGGUGUUCACACAUUCCAGUCAGUGUACGGUUGUGAAAAGGAUGAUGAUGGAACUGAGAGAGGAUAUAAACGCAACAGUUUUGAUGGGGAUGAUUACAUCAGUCUGGAUCUGAACACUGAAACCUACAAUGCUGUUGUUCCUGAAGCUGUUCCUAAUAAAUGGAUGUUGGAGAGGGCUGACACAGUCAGGAAUCAAAAAGCCUACCUGCUGAACGAGUGUAUCGAGCUAUUACAGAAGUAUGUGAAAUAUGGCAGAUCCACUCUGGAGAGGAAAGUUGCUCCUGAGGUGUCUCUGUUCCAGAAAAACUCUUCUUCUCCAGUGGUGUGUCAUGCUACAGGAUUCUUCCCCAAAGCAGUGAAUAUCUCCUGGCAGAAGAACGGAGAGGAACUGAAUGAGGACGUGGAGCUCAGAGAGACGCUGCCCAACCAGGAUGGAACCUUCCAGAAGAGAAGCAUUCUGACCGUCUCACCUGAGGAGCUGAAGAACAACCAGUACACCUGUGUAGUUCAGCACAGCAGCCUGGAGAAGGUGCUGGUUCUGCAGGUGUCUGAUCAUAAAGUCCUGUCAGCUGGUGUUGCAGGGGGAGAUGGAGUAUCAGUGGGUGUGAUCAUUGGUGUAGUGGUGGCUGUUCUCCUGCUUGUCUUCAUCGCCUACGUUUUUUUUAUCUGGAAGAAGAAGAAGUCUGGGUUUAAACCUGUUUCAGAAGUCCCCAGGACAUCAUCUGCAGACUUACUAAACCUUUUUGAGAACAGCAUUACAGAAUGACAUAAACUCAACAUUGUUUUUGACCAGCUUAACAUAUAGUCAGAUAGACAUAAGUGAUCAUAAGUGCACAGCCAGUAACAAAAUGGCUUUUAUUUACUUGAAUGAUCACACACCUAUGUUUACAUUGUUUGACCAAGCCUUUAGUACAGAGUUGGACAAUGGGGGUCAGAGUCCAGCACAGUUUAUUUAAUUACCUGCUUUAACAGACCUACUAAACCUGGUAAUUAACAGGUGAGUUAAAUCAGAUAUGUUGAGCAGGUAAAGCACAAAACUGUAGGAAUCUGGCCCUUCAGCACUGGAAUUGCCCAGCCCUGCAUUUGUAGCUUUGGUUUGUAUGUAAAUAUAAAGAUUUAGUAAUUUUUUUAAAUUAUUUUAUAUUAGACUAUAGUUACAUUUUCAACAGAUUUCUCCCAGGUCUCUGCAGGUUAAAUAUAAGAACUGUUUACUUUGUGCUCAAUGCUAGAAUUAUCUGAAAUUAUCAUAUGUGAGGAAAAAGUUAGAAAUGUAUGACUGUUUCAGUUGUGAAGUGUAUUUAGUCAUUUUUAUUUAACUUUUUUUUUUUCAUUUAAAUUAUUUAGGUUAAUAUUUUAAUCUAUGGUAAAGGCACUUUUAUUGUUGAAAUACUGUAUUAAAUAAGUAAUGUAUAAAUUAAUAUAAAAUGUUUUAUUAAAAUCAACUUAAGAUGUAUUCUAGCUGAAUAAAAUGUUUUUAUUUCAGAUUAGCAAAAUGUACACACAUAUAAAAAGGAAAGUAUAGUUUUGCUUUUCCAGAACACUCUUUAGUUAUACUACUUAGCACUUUCACUGUUGCUUGAGAGUUACUUAACCAUGUUUCUGUUAUGUAAUAAUAUAACACUAGUUAUUUUUUUAUAUCUUACAUAUCUAUUAUCUGCUUUUUUUCCUUUGUUUUAAAAAUAUCUUAUUGUACAUUUUUCGUUUUACAUGCGUUUGCAAUCCCCUUAGUAAUUCUAAGUAAUGUGCCUUCAGAUUUUUUUGUAUGGAGGAGAAAGCCACAUAAGCCUAAAUUGGGUUGUCAUUUGCAUAUACUUUUCUUGAGUUUUGUUUCAUUAGUUCUGGAGUUCUGUUACUAAUCGAUUCAAAUGUUUUUAAACUGUUUCAUUGUUAACAUUAAACAUAUCUUGAAAGACUGCAAAAUCUGGAACUUGUUCAAUAAUGAUCUAUCUGGCAACUAUUGUACAAUUCUGUUUGUGAAUAUGUGGUCAAUCAAGUUAGCAAUUCUGUUGUGUUUAUGAUCACAGAAAAUAGGCUAUUGCUGUACAUUUGUAUUUAUACAUUUGUGUCCUUUUUAUGUCCAUUUGGGUUUAAUAAAAAAAAUUGAAGUUCCCACA